CUCUUCUAAGGACACCAUUUGAAAACAUGGCUGAGGAAGCUGCCCCUGUUAUUAACGAGCCCGUGAACGUUCAACCUGAAAUGGACAUUAUGACCGCUGUCCGCGAGGUGCUGAAGAACGCCCUUCACCAUGAGGGACUUCAGCGUGGUCUCCGUCUGGCCGUCAAGGCCCUGGACCGCAAUGUGGCCCAGAUUUGCUUCCUUGCUGAGGAUUGCGAUGAGUCUUCUUACACUCGUCUGAUUGAGGCCCUCUGCCAGGAGCGUCAGGUUCCUCUGAUCAAGAUCCCCGAGGGAAAGACUCUGGGUGAAUGGUGCGGUCUCUGCAAGAUCGACAGCGAGGGUAAGCCCCGCAAGGUCUUGAGAUGCUCCAGCGCUGUCAUUACCGAUUUCGGUGAGGACACCCCCGCUCUGGGCGUUGUUCUUAAGUAUGUUCAGGCUAAGCAAUAA